CUGCAGCAGCUUCAACGCUUCCUCUUUCACACUUCUUCAUACCUACAUGCUUUUAGUUUCUGCCAGUCUGAGCUUUUCUUUUUACACUUGAACACAUUUUCCUGCUCGGUGUGAGACUGCGAUGAAGCGCUGUGUUUUUCUCUCUCUCCUGCUCGGGCAGUGUGUGAUCUCCACUCAGUCUGCCAUAUCUAAUCAGACAAUCUCCGAAGGCAGUGAUCUGACUAUUCCUUGUGAAAACGAGGGGAGGGUGGACUGGAGUAGACGAGCUGAUGGGAAAAGAGAGAUCAUCUUUCGACAUGGAGGCAGUGUCCAAUCCAAAUCCAGAUACAGCCUUUUACCUAAUUUGUCCCUCGUGAUUAAUGAUGUUUGGGUGUCAAACUCUGGGAUUUACUUCUGUAAUGCUACUGCUGUGGUGAACCUGACAGUCACUCCAUUAGAAGUCAUGUUUUUCCAGAGGAUCGAUGAGGGCAGUGAUAUCACUAUUCACUGUGAAAACCAGAGGAAUGUAUCCUGGAGUAAAAGGGUUGACAGAAAGAGAGAGGUCAUCCUGACGGCUCAACAUGAAGACAUUUCCCAAUCGGAAUCUGAUCCAGAUCACAGAUACAGCCUUUUAUCUAACUCAUCCCUCGUAAUAAAGAAAACAGGAGAGUCGGACUCAGGGAUUUACUACUGUAACUCUACUCCUGUGCUCAGCCUGAUGGUCACUCCAUUACAACGAAUCUCAUCUGAUGGCUUGAGCGGGUCUGCCACACGUAUCACUGGUGGAGUGAAUGGUCUUGAGCGAGUGAUAAUGGUUGGUCUGGCUUCUCUGAUGUAUUCCUGGCUACAGUAAAGUGAUCUAACACCUCAGCAUGGAUAAAAAAAACAUCAGACAUCAAAUUUGUUACCAUUCGAUAUUCACCAAUAUAAAAAAAUUGUACACAUAAUAAAAAUGACUUUGCACUUUACACUAUCUGUUUUGUUGUGCAGGAUGAAUUUGAAACACUGCUUUUGAACUCUGAUCAAAUAAACAUUAAUUAAUUUUA